AUGGCUGCGGCUUCGGGAAACACGGGCUGGACCCAGCUACGGCAACAGGUGCGAAGCCUCGAGACACAGGUUUCCCUGACAUCCGACGCCGCGCAGACAGAGACGCUGUUCCACACCUACGCCCAAUUCUCGACAGUAUCAGAUAUUCCAGCCAAGCCCACAGAAGAGGAAAGGACAACAGAAGCAAAGCUCCAAGACCUCCUCGAAAGACGAGAGAAUGUCAUCUCCCAACUAUCCCGCCUCCUCGACUCCGAAGCGACCCUCACCUCGUCCGCCCUGAAACAAAACAACCUCGCCCUCCUGCGCGAGAAGCUCGCCGAGCACAAGCGCAACCUCGUCCGCAUACGCAGCACCAUCGCUCAGGCCCGCGACCGCGCCCACCUGCUCUCCAACGUCCGCUCCGACAUCGACGAGUACCGCGCCAACAACCCCGAGGCGGCCGAGGCCGAGUACAUGCUCGCUGAGCGCAGCCGCAUCGACAACAGCCACAACAUGACCGACAGCGUCCUCUCCCAGGCCUACGCCGUCCAGGACAGCUUCAACAUCCAGCGCGAGACCAUCGCCAGCAUCAACCGCCGCAUCACCAUGGCCGCCAGCCAGGUGCCCGGUCUCAACAGCCUCAUCGGCCGAAUCUCGGCCAAGAAGCGCCGGGACGGCAUCAUCAUGGGCGUCUUCAUCGCCUUCUGCUUCCUCGUCUUCUGGUGGUUCUUGUGA